AUAACCUAGCAAUGCUUCAAUGUCAACGUGGAAAACAAGGCUGACUCCAAGAAUGCAUCCGUUUCCUUGCUCGGCCUUCCUCGCCUGCUUUGGGAACACAAGCGAUAAUGUGCCCUUUGAUCAAUCCAGUCCAGCUGACUCCCAUUCCACUAUCUAUGUCCAGCCCUUGGCCAAAGCUGAUGGUCAUGAAAGUCAUCCAGGAGGACCAGAGGAAAUCCUAGAGGAAAAGCUGAGUUCCUGUACUCACUCAGAGAAAAAUGGCAGUACAGGUAACCACGCUGUUGCUCAGCUUGCUCCUGUUCCAGAGGAUCUGCCUGUGUUUCCAGCAGAUGAGUCAGACUGCAAUUCAGUUAUGUUCCACACUUCCAUACCCAGACCAUCCAUCAUUGAAAUGCCAAAGACCAAAUCCCUAAAACUGAAGUUUAAACUAAGAUAUGAAGAACCAUCAAUUAUGUAUCUGAAUGACAAGGUUCCAAUGCUGGCAGUUGCAGAAGAAUAUGAAUGCUGCUAUCAAUCAUGUUUCACAAAUAAAUUCAAAUUAGUCACCAGCAUUACUAGAUUUCUUAUCUUGAACCCUGACAUGAACUCUGUUUCUAUAUCCCACCAAUUAGAUGACAUCAUCCAGCCCCUUGACUUUCAAUGCGAUUUUCUCCCUCAUUAUGGUUCCUGGGGUCAUAAAGAGUCAGACAUGACUGACCAACAGCAAAUUCAGGAGAAGAAAAUGAUCAAUAGUAUCAGAGGCUACAAAGAGGUGAAGAAAGAUGAUGACUGA